AUAGUCACAAUGGCACCCCGCUCGCAACUGGAGAUCACCACUUCUUCUGUGAUCCGCUUGGUCAAGGAGGAGGCUUCCUAUCACAAGGAAAUCCUGCAACAGACUGAGCGCAUUAAGAAGCUAGAGACUGAUACUGCUAGCGAUGACGAGAACCGCGAGUACACCCUGAAGCAAGAGCAUAUGUCGCUUGAAGAGACCAAGAAGGUUUUGCCUAGUCUGAAGCAAAAGAUCGUGCAGGCGGUUGCAAGCCUGGAAGCUCUGAUUAUCGAGGAGGGCAAAAAGGGAUCUGAAAGCAAUGUUGAGCACAUCACCGCUGCUAAAGAUGCCAUCUCUUUGGCCAAGACCGCGGAGCGCGAGAUCUCGUAA